GACAACUGACGUAACGCGUGACGUUAGCGAGAAUUUGUGAAUUGGUCAUAUCUUACUAUCAUUUUGUGAUGCAUGAAAACUCCCUCCUUAGUUUUUGUAAUUUAGAAAGUUCGCCUUUCUGGACUAUACCAGUGUAACUACCAUCUUCAAGAUGAAUUCUCUUCGAAGAUGGCUGUACAGGCCAAAGAGGACAGACACCUCUCUGCUGGCCCAGUUCUUCUAUUCUGAUGAGGACCUGAACAUGGUAGCAGCAGAGCUGGACAGUUUUGAUGGGCGCAAGGACCCGGAACGUUGCACUGCGCUGGUGAACCAGCUCCGGGCUUGCCAGGACAAGGUCCUCACAGCCAUACAGAACAUCAUGGAGGACGCAGUGCCGGGCCAGAGAGCCAGUCGGGACUUCCGCUGUAAAUUCCCGGACGAUGUUAUCCAGGAAAACCUAGCAGGUCAGCUGUGGUUUGGGGCAGAGUGUCUGGCGGCGGGGUCAAGCAUCAUGAACCGCGAGGCGGAGAGUGCCAGCAUGCGGCCCUUGGCGCGGGCACUCACCAAGAUGCUGGAUAGUCUCCGGACUAUCCUGAGGGAGCAGUGUCUCAAGAACAUCCACGAGUACACAGACAGGAUCAAAGAAGCACUUAUUAUAUUCGACAAAUUAUUUGCAGAAUUUGAGCUCAGCUAUGUGAGUGCGAUGGUGCCGGUGAAGACGAUGAAGGAGUACGACACGAUACAGGAGAUCACGGUGCUCUUCUCCGAGACUGUACACAGGGCGCUCAAAGUGGGGCUGCUGACCCAGGAUAUGAUUGAUGAGUACGACCCUGCACUCAUGUUCACCAUCCCUCGUCUUGCUAUUGUCAGUGGGCUGGUUGUGUUCCGUGAAGGCCCGCUGAAUCCAGACAACGAUCCAUGGAACAUGUCAGACAUGUUCCGCCCAUUCCAAACCCUCCUAUUCAAGAUCAGAGAGCUGCUGUAUACAUUGUCACCUGAGGAGAUGGUGACAUUGGAGCGAGCGCUGUGCUCGGCGGAAGAACCAACAUUCCUAGCCAGUCUCCAGCCGACCAUAGAAUCCGUGGAGGGCUUUACCCAGACCGAGUUCAUGAAACUCCACGCUGACAAGAACCAGGAUGGGCAGGGUGGGGUGUCGUAUGAGGACACCUUGGGAGGGCCGAUUCUUGUGCACACACCAAAUUCUGGUAGUCCUGUCACCCCUGUCGCGCAGACAGAGUUCCCCGUUGGGACCAUGUCUGCCUCGACGUCAUGUGCAACUGUGAUCGCUGCAUCGCGAGGAAACAGCUUGGACGUUGAGGAUCAGCAAGAGCAGGAGUGUUUGUUGAACAAGAGUGAGAGCAAUGACUCCGGGCUGCAUAGCGAGAAUGUGAGCACUUCUGACAGCAUUACGACAGUGUCGUCCACAGAAUCACAACCGUUAUUGAAUGAUACUCUUACCACGACCAAUUCUCAGGGGGAGAGAACUCUGGCAGAGUUAGCGAGGGAUGAAACUUGUCCCUCCCUUGAUGACUCUGCUAGUUUGGAGGCGAUGGAGACUGGUGAAAGUAGUAAGCCAUCAGUGAUUGCUGACGUGUCACAUAGUAUUAGGCAGAUGUGUGCAGAUAUUGUGAAUGACAUCGUUGAGACAACUGUAGUAGACUCGGCAAGUCUGUCUGUCAGUCCGUCUGUGAGUUCGUCUGUCAGUCCUUCUCUGUCUCCAUCAGGGUGUUCUGUGUCUUCCAAUCCCAUGAAGCGGGCUGAGGAAAGUAGCUCGGAUUCCGUCAGCAUGUUGAGUGACUCGCUGAGCCCAAAGCCAAAUGAUGAAAGUGGCUCGGAUUCCGUCAGCAUGUUGAGUGAUUGUGUGAAUCAGUUAGAGGCUGCCUGUGAUCUCGUAGCUCACGACACAGACAAUGUUGUGGGUGAUAGUGCAAUAGUCACCAGUUCCACCUCUCUUGAAUCAUCUCCAGUCCACCCCGGCUGUUCUGUGAUAGUAGAUAGUUCCGACAGACUGGACGAUACUGACCAAUCCCACAAAUUGUCCAAACAUGGACACUCUUCACGCUCAAAAUCUACACUUCAAGCCACAGGGUCUAGGAAAUCACGAAAAGACAAGAAAAGUUGCAAGACUUCCAAUAAUGGCAGUAACCAUGGCAAUGCAUUAGAUAAACUCCACAGUAAGGUUGCCGCUCACAGUGGGGAGCCAGGGGAGGGAACUCCAGAGCGACUUCCGGUAUCGAGUGUGCAACGGCUCCGCUAUGCCGAGAGUAUUAGCUCAAAUUGCUCCAGCUGUAGAAGUGGUGGCUCCAGUGUCCAUGGCGAUGGAGACUGGGAGAAGGAGAGCUGUGCCAGCAGUGAGACCAGCUCCUACAACUCGGAAUGCCAUGACGAUGAGGAAAUCGCCCUGGCGAUACAGGCAGCGGAGCUUGCUUCACGCAAUGAGGCACGAUCUCGAUUCCGCAGCAGCAGCGACAUGAUUCAUCGGCUCUUCGUCUGUAUAUCAGGUGUAGCGGACCAACUUCAGACCAACUUUGCCAGUGAUCUGCGAAACAUUUUGCGUGCUGUGUUUGACAUGAACUGCGCUGAGCCUCUCAUUAAUGAUGACAAUAUUGAUGUGGAUGUUGAUGAUGAGGCGGCUGCAAGUUCAUCCAACGAGAGUUCCCCUACCAGGGUCAGGAGUCACAUCGAAAAUCAAGAAUAUUUAUCCAACGGCCACAGCAGUGAAACCCAGGAGCACACACACCCAACACACGAUCCUCCACACUGGGUGCCGGACGAGGUGUCGCCACUGUGCAUGGCGUGUAGAAUACCAUUCACCUUCGUGAGACGACGACACCAUUGCAGGAACUGUGGCAAGAUCUUCUGUGGGCGCUGUUCCUCCAACUCUGUUCCGCUGCCUCACUAUGGACACGCGAAGCCUGUCAGGGUGUGCAACCGUUGCUUCAUGUUCCAAGUCACUCCGUUCACUGUCGCCGGGGCGUCCUAGUUGGCCCGCUACACCUGCAGCAGGGGUGCCCUAGUUGUCCCGCUACACCUGCAGCAGGGGUGCCCUAGUUGUCCAGCUACACCUGCAGCAGGGGUGCCCUAGUUGUCUAGCUACACCUGCAGCAGGGGUGCCCUAGUUGUCUAGCUACACCUGCAGCAGGGGUGCCCUAGUUGUCCAGCUACACCUGCAGCAGGGGUGCCCUAGUUGUC